CUGGUGGGGUGGGAGGAAUUAGCAGCACUUGUGGAGGAGGCGGCGGCGGCUGAUGCAGCUGAGGCUGGGGUAGCGGGAACUGGUUUGGCUGAGGCUGCUGAUGCUGCUGAGCUUGGGGCCGCGCUGCCUGUGGAGACCGAGGCGGCUGCUGUGGCUGGAGAGAUGGAGACGGCACGGGUGGCGAAACCAACGGCUGGGGACCGACAGGGGACGGAGGGGGCUGCCGGGAAUGCUGCUGCUUUUGGCGGCGACUCAGCUUCACACGCUGCCUCGUUCCAGGCAGCGGUGCCGCGGUUUGUGGGGCGGGGACCGGCGGUUGCGCGGGAACAGGCACCAGCAGCUGCUGAGACGGCUGCUGCGGCGGUAAGGGACGCGAGCCCAGGGGAGGGAGGCGUGGCGGCUGGCGUUGAGUCCGCCGAAACGCCUGCUGCUGCCGUGGGCGCAGACACGCAGGGGCACGACCGGAGGGCGGGUGGUACAAUGGAGCGUCGGUCGCCAUCCCAAGGUUGCGCGCCCGCACCAUCAGCCGCCGCGUGGGCAGCUACGCACACACCAACGAUACAGGCGCCGGAGAAUCCGGGCGGGGGCAACGGGGGAGCACAGGAAGCGGCGACGAUGCCAUGGGGAGCUGGUAGGGACACUACAGCAGCUGCGGGCACCAGACGCUCGGCAUGGCUUGGUGCGAUCACCUGGGGCCCGCCACGAGGCGGACACACGCCGUGGAUGCCAGCAGGUCGCGGCGGCAAUGGCGCGGUAGAUACGGCAGGAGCGGCUGGACGGGCACACCGAGGGGUUUUACGCGGGGUGAUGAGAGGCGAAAGGGGAGGGCGGAACCAAGCACCCAGAGCGAAGAUCCCUGUGAGGACUGGCCCCUGGCGGGAGCGUCACGCCAGGCCUGAGAGAGUGAUCCCGCAGAGGAACGAGGACCAAGAGGCUUCUGACCACUCCGGAGCUGACCCUGAACUUAUGGCAGGAGAGGAGGAGGCCUCAGAGGAAAUCUUCCUGGAUGACGAGUCCACACCCAGGAGGAACAACCCAGAACCCCAAGCAAGGGAGGCGGCGACGGGUCUUCCAAGAAAUAGGGUGGAACAAGGAGAUACUGCCACGAAGGAGACGGACGUGCCUUCACCGGCAGACCUGGCAGGCGACGAUGCCAUCUAG